AUGCGUGUUCUUUUUUGGAACAUAAAUGGUUUUGCACGUGAUGAGUCGCGAUGCAAGUUACAAGAGUUACUUAAAGAGUUUAAGCCUGAUAUCUUUUGUCUUGCAGAACCAAAGGUACACUGUACUCUUACAUUCUUACGAGGUUUAUAUGUUGAUGGCUAUAAAAAAGAAGUUAUACAUAAUUCAGUUGGUAGGUCUAAAGGAAACUUAUGGAUUUUCUGGUCCAUGGACAUUGUUACUCCGGUGGCGGUUAAUUCCAGUAGACAAGCUACUACAAUAAAAGUUGAGGAUGUUUUCAUAUCCUUUAUUCAUGCUAGUUGUUUCCAGGUUACUCGUAGAAGUUUACGGCAGCAACUUUCUUCUUUUGAUAAUAAUAUUCCCUGGUUGGUCAUGGGAGAUUUUAAUUGUGUACUUCGUAAUGAUGACAAGAAAGGGGGUUAUACUCCGUGUACUUCAGCUAUUAAUGAGUUCAGUGAUUGGUUGGAUGACAACAACCUUUUUGAAGCUGACUCUUUGGGUUCUAAAUACACUUGGGCCAAUGGUCAAUCAGGUGUUCAUAGAAUUCUUUGCAAGUUGGAUCUAGCUGUGAUUAAUGAGGCAUGGCUUACGAAGUUUGAGAAUUGGCGGUGCUAUCCUUUUGUGAUUUCAAGACCUAAAAGAGCACCUUUUAGAGUGCAAAAAAUGUGGUUCACUCAUCCUGAUUUCAUGAGUACGGUUAUGGAGAGUUGGAAUGCUCCUGUUUCGGGUUCUCCUGAUUAUAUUUAUCCGUACAAGCUUAAGAUAUUAAAGGAUGCCAUGAAGGAGUGGAAUUUUAGGGUCUUUGGUAAUGUUAAUGCUAGACUCAAACAGGCUAAAUUAACUAUGGAAGUUGCUCUUCGUAUUUCUGAUGAGGAUCCGGAAGACAUAACGAAGCUGAAUUUUGCUAAGGAGGCUUCGGUUACACUUCAGGAAAUCCGUAUGCGUCAAUCCAUUAUGUUGAAGCAAAAAUCACGAAAGAAAUGGCUUAAGGAGGGUGCGAAUAAUACCUCUUUUUUUCAUGCCAAUAUUCAUACUCGAAGGAGCAGCAAUAUGAUUUCAGAAUUGGUGGAUGAUUAUGGGAAUGUUAUCUCUAAUUGUGACCAAAUUAGAGAUUACAUGGUGUCUUAUUUUGAGUCUAAAUUUAAUGGGGUAGAACUGCCAAUUGAUGAGAAAUUAUUUCAUUAUGAGCAUGACACUAUUUCUACGGAGGAAAUCCAUAGAAUGGAUGCGAUUCCUACUUAUGAUGAAAUAAAGGCCGAUGUUUAUGAUCUUGAUGCUGAUAGUGCCCCUGGACCUGACGGUUUCUCCGGUUGCUUUUAUAGACAUUGUUGGGACGUAAUACAACAAUACCUUUAUAAUGCUAUUACUUAUUGUUGGAAACACCAAAGGAUUCCGAAUGGGAUCCUUGCUACGAGACUUCGUAGAGUUUUUGAUAAGCUGGUUUCAGAGGAACAAGUUGCUUUUAUGAAGGGAAGAAAUAUUCAUGAGAACAUCAGUGUGGCGUCGGAGAUGGUGAAUGAUCUGAAAACUAAGCGUAAAGGUGGCAAUGUGGGUCUAAAGCUGGAUAUUACUCAAGCUUUUGACACUGUUAGAUGGUAUUUGGGAGUUCAAAUUAUGCCUGGAGCUGUAAAAUAUCGUCACAUUAGCAAUGUAAUUGAUAAGAUUAAAAAGCAACUCUCUGUUUGGAAAGGAAAAAUGCUCUCUUUUCAAGAUCGGGUUGUUCUUAUUAAUUCUGUGAUUUCUAGUUAUGCCAUUCACAACAUGGCUAUUUAUAAAUGGCCUCGGAAGUUCAUUCAGCAGGUGGAAAGGGCUAUACGCAAUUUCCUUUGGUCCGGAGAUGAUGAUACUGCAAGAAAAUUUGUUGUGGGCUACGACAAAAUUUGUUGCCCUGUGAAGGAAGGUGGUUUGGGAAUUAAUUAA